AUGGUGAACACUGGCAUGCAGCUGAUCAGCUUCACCUGCGCCGUGACUGGCUGGAUCAUGGCGAUCGCCGUGACGGCCCUGCCUCAGUGGAAGGUCACGGCCUUCAUCGGCCACAACAUCCUGACCUCGGAGAUCAAGUGGGAGGGCAUUUGGAUGAGUUGCGUCUACCAGACCACGGGCCACAUGCAGUGUAAGACUUAUGACUCCAUGCUGGCCUUGCCUCCAGACAUCCAGGCGGCCCGUGCCCUCAUGUGCGUGGCCAUCUUCAUGGGCUGGCUCUCCAGCACCGUGUCCUGCUGUGGCAUGAAGUGCACCACCUGUGCCGGGGACGACCGCCGGGCCAAGGCGGGCAUUGCGCUCUCAGGCGGGGUGCUUUUCAUUGUGACGGGCCUGUGCGUGCUGGUUCCAGUUUCCUGGACGGCCAACACGGUCGUACAGGAUUUCUACAACCCUAACGUGCCCGCCAUACACAAGCGAGAGCUCGGCCAGGCUAUUUAUCUGGGCUGGGCGGCUGCGGUCAUCCUCAUGAUCAGUGGGGCUGUGCUGAGCAGCACCUGCCCCCACAUGGAGAGCAGAGGCUACCGCAGGGGUUACAUAGGCCGGAGCUUCGCUAAUUCACCUGUCUUGCCACCAGAUCCCCCAAAACCAAUCACAUCCAACAAUCUACCAUUGAAGGAGUAUGUAUAGGAAGAGGUGACGUGGAAAGAGCAGCAGAAUCAUGAGAAUGUAGAUU